AGAGGCUGGGCAGGAGAAGGGCCCUCCUUCCCUUUCCUGGCCUGGGAGGCAGCCUGCAAAGGGACUGCCCACAGGGAGGGUGCGGCCAGGCAGGGCCUUCUGUCCUCCCUCCUCCAGGCUGCCCUGGUGACAAGGCAGGGAACCUGAGCUGAAUUCUACACAUCAACUCCAGUGACCAGAGACUAGAGCUGGGAGCUAGGAGCUGGAGACAUGAACAAGGUCUUCCCCCAGGGGGACAUCAACGGCAAUGCUGCUGCUGGGACCAAAGUCCUCCCGGGAGAAGGGGCCCAGGCCUGUGUGACGCUGACGAACAGGACCGGCUUCCUGUGCCAUGACCGGAGGAGCUGCAUCUCGGCCAGCGGGGUCUGUGACGGCGUCCGCACCUGUCCCCACGGCGAGGACGAGGAGGAGGCCUUGUGCCGAGAUGUGCCCCAGAGUCUGCCCAGCUUCCUUGUGGCCCACUGUGGAAACCCAGCUUCCUGGAUCUACUCAGACCAAAAGUGUGAUGGAACCAACAACUGUGGGGACUGCUCGGAUGAACUGAGCCCAGUGACUGCAUGCCCGCCCUGCGGCCCUGGGUGGUGGCGCUGCCCCUCCACUGUCUUCACGUACUGCGACUGUAUCCCGAGGAGCCUCUGCCGGGACCGUGUGCAGCACUGCUCCGACUGGUCUGACGAGCACUCCUGUCCUGGGCCCUGAGUGGCACCAGGCCCGAGCAGGACGCUGGUUGAAUGGCACUGGUAAUCCUUCACAUGAGCAUCGAAUCGAAGAACAUGAGGGCAGGAAGGAGCCAUCAAGAU